AUUAUAAAAAAUAAUUCUUAUCAUGAGUAACGAUAAUGCUCUUGAAAGUAUUCCUGCUGACCAACAAGGUAGUUUCUCUUCUUUUUUGAAAACACUUGCUUCUUUUACUGGUGAUCUUUCAAGUUUGACUUGUCCUUCCUUUUUAUUGGCUCCUAUCUCUUUAUUGGAAUAUUCAUCUUUUUGGGCUGAUCAACCUACUUUGUUUAGUUCCAUUGGUGAUUCAGAUGAUGCAGAAGAACGAUUCUAUGCAGCCAUUAAAUGGUUUAUCUCUUCUUUGAAUGGAUCUUUUUCUAGUCGUGUACCUAAAGGUGAAUGGGAAAAGAAACCUUUUAAUCCUAUUUUAGGUGAACAAUUUUAUUGUUCUUGGGAAGAUGGUACUCGUAUUAUCUGUGAACAGGUAUCACAUCAUCCUCCUGUUUCUGGUUUUUAUAUUAGUAAUGAUAAAGCUGGUGUAUCUGUUAUUGGUCAUGAUGGACAAAAGACUCGAUUCUCUGGAACUCAAAUGUUAGUAGAUCAAGUGGGUUAUUGUACUUUGAAACUUGCUGCUAAGAAUGAAACCUUUUUGUUUACUUUACCUUCAUUGUCUGUGAAUGGUAUUUGGUAUGCAGCACCUUAUGUUGAAUUAUAUGGUACAUCUUAUAUUCAAUCAUCAAGUGGUUAUCAUGCAUCCAUUGAAUAUACAACUAAAGGAUGGAUUUCUGGUGAAGUACAUCAUUUUAAGGCUACUGUGACUCAAGAUGAAAAUAAGAUGAAUCAAGGAGGACCUACUGUGAUUGAAGGACAAUGGACUGGUAAAUCUACUUUGACCAAAUAUAAACAAUCUCCUGUGGACUUUUUGGAUUUAACCGAUCUUGAAAAACCUAAACCUCAAGUGGCUCCUAUUUCUGAACAAGGUGAAUUGGAAUCUCGUCGUAUUUGGCAAAAAGUUUCUGAAGCAUUAGUGGCUGGUGAUUAUAUGACGGCAUCUAAUGAAAAAUCUUUGAUUGAAAAUGCUCAACGACAAUUACGAAAGGAACGUGAAGAAAACAAGAUUGUUUGGGAACCAAAACACUUUAAAAAGGUGGAUGGUGAAGAUAUUUUUGGUGAUUUACGUGAAAAGAUUUUGAAUAAGGCUGAUAGCAAGUUUGUGGAUACCAUGGGUGAAGUAGGUUGGUCUCACCGCGAAUAGAAAACAACAUAAAGAUUAUUAUUAUUAUUAAAAUUUAUAUAUAUAUAUAUUAUAUAUAGUUUAUUUUAUAUGUUGAUUGUAGAUUAGUUUGAUGCAUUUGAUAUUCAAUAAAGAAAACAAAACUACAUAUAUAUUGAAUAAUUUUUUU